UGAAAUUUAAAUGUGCCAACGGCAGUCUGAUAUCCGCUUAUAUUCGAUCAACGAAAAUCGUCAUCUACUCGUAACAACUGUCAAAAUAAACAGCUGUAUUUGUUUACAUGCGUGUUUUCGAACUUAAUCAGCUGUUGUAGUGCCGGUGUGCGUAUUAUUUACAAAUUUUAGCAAAUAAUUAAAAAUGAGUAUAAGCUUAUUAAAGCGUACACACGCGAUAGGAAAAUCGCUCAUCCAUAUAACGAAGCAAAUUAAUUUCUCCUGCACAUACUCCUCUUGCGCCAGCACAGCGCUACUUGCGCAAUCAACCACAUUUGCGCGUAAAUCUACACCUGCAUCUUUAAAUUACGCCACAACUGCCACAACAAGCGCUGCAGGCGUCACGCCGCAAUGGACAACUAUAUACCGUCUGCCACUUAUACGCCUUGCUGCCGGUUUUCAACGUUUGAAAAUCUAUCAAGGAUUGUUGACAACGCUGGCAUUACCAAUUAGUUUUACACUAUCACAAUUUGGCACGAUUACACCAAAUUCUGUUGCUAUUGUUGGAGUCAUUGGCGUGUCGGGACUUAUGACAUUAACACUAUUUAGCUUACUUGUGCGAAAUGUGGUCGGUUUCAUUUAUGUUAAUGAUGAGCUUAACAAAGUGAAGUUGGCUUAUGUUGAUUUCUGGGGCAAACGUACUGAUGCCAUUGUGGAUAUUGAUGAUUUGAACGUUGAUUGGGCAAAACUGCGACCCACUGCAUUUAAUCUCUAUCAGAAGAUACGUUUGUACAGUGACAAAACAAAGGCAUUUAAGUUGAUGCUUAAUUAUGGUGUUAUUGUGGAGCCGGAAACUUUUGCAGGCAUAUUUGGAGAAUGAACAGCGCAGUUUGUGUGAUCAUAUGUGUAAAAAGCGGUAGCAUAAGUUAUAAAAUCUACAUAUAAGCUUCUAAAAGGCUUUGUAUGUAGAACGCGUAAUUAAGGUUACUGUCAAAUAAGCAUAUUUUCUGAUAUAGCAUCAUGUAUUUGUUGUUAUUGUUGUCAUAACACAUCCCCCUCUAAAUCGAUUUAAAUUCUUGAUAAUAAACUCAUUAAAAUAAAAGAAAUA